AAKUGAGUGAAUGCUGAAGCCUUUUACUUAUGUAGAACCUAAUCURCUGGUUAGCUCCUUAGUAAAGUUGCCUUACAAAUUACAGCACUAUGUCAAAUAAUAAUUUUAAUAAUGACAAUGAGGAAUAGAAGGCACUGCUUACCUCUCAAAGCACUGGAAUACACAUAAACAACUCUGAGAGUCUGAAGCAGCCUACUAAAGUAGAUACACCUAUUCAACUCUCCAGGUGUGGAUGAUCAUGGGAGAACAACUGUUAAAGGACAGCAUCCUUGAUCAGUUUGUUAAUAGCCAUGAGCAGUCAUAUGAAGAGUUUCUAAAUACAUUCACAUAUCUCUUGAAAGAGAAAGAGGAGAAGAAAAUUCAGGAAAGUGAAGUGGACUCCUUAAGUAAAACGUUUCCUACUUCUGAAUUACCAAACAGAAACAAACAGGAUGGCUCACCCAAAAGAAGGAAUGAAAUGUGGAUGUCAUUUCCACCACAGAAGCCAAAUGAGAAUGAGACAGUGAUGAGUGAGAGCUGGACAGCUGGUGUCUCUGAUGGAAAUAAUCCCAGCUUGUCUGAAAGAGUGAAGAUGGACAAGUACUUAAASUUGGAAGAUGUAGACACAGAUGAAGAGACAUGCACUGCAGGGUCAUUAGUUCUCCCAGGAGAAGUGGAAGAGACAGUGACUUKCUGUACACCCUUCUUGGAUAAGCCUACUCAGCCGAAAUUCAGAACCUUGUCAGUUCCCCAGCCAUCAGAUGGCAAAGCACAAGAGCUACUGGGAGAUGAUGUUCAACCRUUUUCAAUUGAUGAAGAAUUUGAUUAUGAUAAUGUGGCACUGACCCCUAAAUUCUCUGAAGCUGAGCUGARGGCUCUUAUAGAGUUGUCUGAAGAGAAGAAAACGGAUACAAAUAUCAAAUCAGCAGGAGCUGAAGACUGAGUCAAAGGUGCUCUGUACAGAGCUGUUGGAAUGACUUUUUUUUGGGGUGAAUAUAGCUCCUCAUURUACCCUUAUUUAUUGUUCUUGUCUGCAUGGCCAGUAAACCACGAGAUCUGUUGUUUAUUCUGCCGAGGUGCCUUGGAGCCUGUGUUGGCUCAGGAUAGGUGAGCUGGAGUGACUUCUCCAUAGGACCAAAACCAGCUGGUGGAUUUCAGAAUWGCAUCCUGGCUACUCUUGGUUAUUUCUGGUACUGACUUGGUUCCUAUGUAGUAUAAAGCUGGUCCUAAAGCUGCAUUUUAUCUUCUUCUUUCAGUAAUGCAAUUAAGAGCUUUUUUUGCAGCUGACAAAUCAGUCUAUGAAUGCGUUCCUUUAAAUGUAUAGCAUUACAUGAGUGAAUAAAUCUGGGAAUAUUUCUUUUUUUUUCUGUCUUUUGAGUUACUUCAGUUCUGUGAAAAAAAAAAGUUCCUGUUUCUAACAAACUUUUUGUGUUGAUCAAAACUGACAUGGUACAACUCCUAAAAUUAAAACAGUAACUGCUCAAAAAAAUCUAUCCCUUUCCACACAGAGGAAAAAAUAGCAAUCUCAUCCAUUAAAGAAAUUGGCAUCGGAAGGCUGUCAGAUUUUACAUUUUUUCACAGGAGAUGAUUCCAAAUACCAGCUUGUAGCUUACAUUCUGCGUCACAAAAUACAGCAAACUGGAGUUGAGUAAAGGUCAGCUAUAUGGGUGGGAGAGAAGAGCGUGCAUCUCUGGCACAAGGUAGUAUGUUGUGUUUCUCCGAGGAGUUCCGAAUCCUUUUUUUUUUUUCAGCUAACUGCAGAAGCUUUGCUGUUGAGGCUUGGUUUAACCUCACAAAGCUGUGUUGUUUUGUUGGUUGUUUUCUGGUAUAGCUGCAUUCACUAAAAUUUACUGACCAACAUUUUAUCCUUGGCCUAUCUCCAUUAUUUCUGAAGUGGGUGAUUAGCGUGGUAAAUAUGACAAGAGUGCCUGAGCAGACUGACAAGACACCAAACCAUUGAUUUGUUUAAAGGCUGUGGAUGAAUUCUCUAUGGCUGGUCGGCUACUUCAUUGUUGGCAAUUUACAAAAGCAAAGAAAGGUGUUCUGAUGUUCCAAAGGAGAUUUUCUGGAUCAGUAAUUUUGUAGACCAUAAUCAUUCUCCACUGAAAUCUAAAUAGCGUUGGUUUUGAGGAAUGKUAUUUACCUCGAUUAGGGGAUAUAAUUUAAGAGUGAGAUUUUUUUUAAAAAAAGGACUCUCACAAAAGAUAUUUAAGGAGACUGAUACAAAAUUAAAAAUAUGCUGUAUCGAAAAACUGGUUUGUACAGAAUCUUUCUGGUAGAGGUUAAUGAAAUUUUUUUUUUAACAUGUACACUCAAAAAUAUGCCUGUGCUGUAGUUAAAAUGUUUUUUUUUUUUUAAUGUAAUUGGCUGUGUAGCAGAUU